AUGAGGCGCUUCCUCUCGAUUGCGGCUGUCGCGGCUGUGUUUGCGGCAGCCUUGCUAUUUCUAGACUCUCCAAAGAUCUUGAACAAUGGGCUCCUUAGCAGUGUGACUCCCGUGGAGGAAGAGAACCAUGAUGUUGUCUUUCCCCGUCGACGCUUGAUGCCUGGUAAGUUCAUCCCCCGAAACAAAAAGGUGCAGCAAGCGCGUGAAGAAAGACGCCAGAAGCGCAGGCACGAGAAGCAGAAAGAGGAAAAGGAAAAGAAGGAGCACCGCAAGGGCAACAAAUCGAAGGAUGAUCCGGAGGAAGAGAUGAAGCAAGAAGCCAAAGACAACGAGGAGGAGGAAAAAGAGCACGAUAAGGAGAAGAAACAGGAGAGGAAGAAGAAGCAGCUCAGGAGGAAGAAGGCCGAGGCCAAGAAGAAGAAAUAG